CUUACGUAAAUGCGUUGCCGAGGACAACAUAAUACCUGUUUCGUAUGUGAUGCAAUGACUACCUUUGCUUUAAAAAAUUAUCUCACAGAUCCAAUCGACCCACAUUCGUUUUGAUAUCGUGUUAACGUUGCUAUUAAGUAAAGUGUAGCUUCAGGCACGCUGUCUUCCGGUUCUGCAUAUAUCCGGAAAUAAGCGUGAAAGUAUUCGAUGUGUAGACAUGAACAGCUUCAUUACAUAGGCCCUGGGAUAAAACUUAAACGUUUUGCGGAACAUUAAAUAAUGAUUUCCUACUUUGUUGGUAAUAUCGUGCAUAGGAAAUUUGCAGAACGUAUUAUUUUCUUUCACUGCCAUCAGGUCAAAGGUGUCAUCAGGCAACAGAUCGCAGCGUUUCCUAUUUGAUGCUAUCUUUGGUUUGGAGGUACCCAUCCUAGAGGAGCAGAGUGUUGAAGACGACGACGAUGAUUCUACGGUCAAAAAUUGUUCUUGCGAGUGCGGCGGCUCUAACCAGGAGAACCGCAUCGUGGGAGGCAUGCCGGCCGGCACCAACCGGUAUCCGUGGAUGGCGCGCAUCGUGUACGACGGGCAAUUCCACUGCGGUGCCUCUCUGCUCACCAAAGAGUAUGUGCUCACGGCAGCGCACUGUGUCAGAAAGUGUAUGUGCUCACGUCAGCGCAAUGUGUCAGAAGGUGAGUGUAAAACCCAAGGCAUCAACCGCUACCCGUGGAUGGUGCGCAUUGUAUACGACGGACAAUUCUACUGCACCGUCUCUGUGCUCAUCAAGGAGUAUGUGCUCACGGCAGCGCAAUGUGUCAGAAAGUUGAAGCGCUCUAAAAUCCGCGUUAUCCUUGGUGAUCACGACCAGACCAUAACCACUGAGAGCGCGGCCAUUAUGCGCGCCGUCACCGCCAUCGUGCGCCACCGCAGCUUCGACGCAGACUCCUACAACAACGACAUAGCUCUGCUAAAGCUCCGCAAACCCGUCACCUACUCGAAAAUCAUCAAGCCUGUUUGCUUACCACCUGCAAGCACCGAACCAUCAGGCAAAGAGGGCAUCGUGGUGGGGUGGGGCCGUACGUCGGAGGGGGGCCAGCUGCCCGCCAUAGUGCAGGAAGUGCGCGUGCCCAUCCUGUCCUUGAGCCAGUGCCGCGCCAUGAAGUACCGCGCUUCCAGGAUUACCAACAACAUGGGAGAUGAAAUUCGAGAUACUCGUGGGGUGUACACUAAGAACAUCUUCGGUGGAGUUUGGGGGAAUCGCCCGCCUCUUAUGGAGCUGAACCAACCGAGAACAACAUGUACUUGCAGAGGCGUCGAGGCGGGAAUCAACGAGUUCCCGUGGAUGGCGCGCCUCACGUACUUCAAGAGCUUCAUGUGGUUCAUGAUAAAGGUGACAUUCGGCGAGCACAACCGAUGCAACUCGACGACGAGGCCCGAGACCCGCUUCGUGUUGCGCGCCAUUGCGAACAAAUUCACUCUCUCCAACUUUGACAACGACAUCGCUUUACUGAGACUCAAUGAACAAGUGCCCAUCACUGACGCCAUCAAACCUAUAUGCUUGCCUUCUAUUAAAGAUAAUUUGUACGUGGGGGUGACGGCUUUGGCCGCCGGCUGGGGUACGCUAACCGAGGAGGGCAAGGUGUCCUGCACGCUACAGGAGGUGGAGGUGCCGGUCAUCAGCAACCAAGUGUGCCGCAGCACCAAGUACACCGCCUCCAUGAUCACUGACAACAUGCUGUGCGCUGGGUACCCACAGACAGGAGAGAAGGAUUCGUGCCAGGAUGGUCUUAUAGUCUCGGAGCAGUUUUAUAAACCACCAGCUGUUUCCACACAAGAAACUUUACGACAAUGCGAAGAUUGCAAUUGUGGUGAGAGGAACGAAGAGCCCCGAGUGGUCGGUGGUUUAGGAUCCAGCAUGAAUGCUUACCCCUGGCUGGCUCGCCUCAUCUACCACAAGGCGUUCGGCUGCGGUGCAUCACUCAUCAACGACCGAUACGUCAUAUCAGCAGCGCAUUGUAUUAAAGGUUUCAUGUGGUUUAUGUUCCGCGUGACGUUCGGCGAGCACGACCGCUGCGAGCGAGGGAGGCGGCCGGAGACCAGGUUCGUGGUCAAAAUGGUGGCCCACAACUUCACGCUGUCUGACCUGAGCAACGACGUCGCGCUGAUGAAACUAAACAAGCCCGUUGUGUACUCGCACAUAAUCAGACCAGUGUGCCUGCCAAGAAACCCUGUAAACACCUACGUGGGAGUGACUGCGAUCGUAGCUGGUUGGGGCGCCACAGCCGAAACAGGGAAUUGGUCAUGCAGCCUUCUGGAGGCUGAGUUACCGGUGCUCAGCAACGAGGACUGCAAGAACACCAAUUACAACGCGUCCAAGAUCAAGGAGGGUGAUAGCGGGGGUCCACUAAUAACAGAAAAUGCUGAUCUGGCGUAUGAAUUAAUUGGUGUCGUGUCGUGGGGAUAUGGAUGUGCCAGAAAAGGGUAUCCAGGUGUCUACACUAGGGCUGCGUGCUCAAAACGGAGCCUACUUCAUUAUCGAUGCACCGAGUGCAACGCACCCAUCUUUCCUGUUCUAGUGCUAAGCGAACCAGUCGGCCCCACGAAUUCCCCUUAUUCACAUACUAAUUCUAAGAAAGUCAGGAACAAAAUGAAUUGGCACCUCCUUGUUUUAUACGUUUCCUCGACAUUCGCUGUGGUAUUCCCGGAAAAUGCUACGAAAGUUGAACAUGACUCAGGAUUUGAAGAGAAGCGAACGUGCGACUGUAGAUGUGGAGUUCGCAACGAAGCGUCCCGCAUCAUCGGCGGCGUGGAGACGGCGGUGAACGAGUUCCCGUGGGUGGCACGCCUGUCCUACUUCAACAAGUUCUACUGCGGCGGCAUGCUCAUCAAUGACCGAUAUGUUCUAACAGCCGCGCAUUGCGUUAAAGGAUUCAUGUGGUUUAUGAUCAAAGUGACCCUGGGCGAGCAUGACCGCUGCAACGAGACCACUCGCCCGGUUACCAGAUUCGUGUCAAAGUUGGUGGCGAACAAUUUCACCUACACCACUUUCAAGCAUGACAUCGCUCUUCUGAAGCUAAAUGAACCAGUUGAGGUCACCGAUGAAGUGAAGCCAAUCUGCCUGCCGCAUGCUGACGACAACACCUUUGUUGGUGUAAAAGCAAUAGCAACAGGCUGGGGUUCGGUCACUGAGGAGAAGAAUCACUCUUGCCGUCUUAUGGAGGUUGAGCUGCCCGUGCUCAGUAACGAAGUGUGCAAGGCCACUAAGUAUGACUCCAAGAUGAUCGCAGACAGCAUGCUGUGCGCUGGCUACCCGGAGACAGGGGGCAAAGACUCGUGUCAGGGAGAUAGCGGAGGACCACUCUGCGCAGAGAGACGGGACAAGCAGUAUGAAUUAUUAGGAGUAGUGUCUUGGGGUGUGGGUUGCGGCCGCCCAGGUUACCCCGGAGUAUACACAAGGGUCACCAAGUAUUUAGAUUGGAUAAAAGACAACGCAAUUCAUGGUUGCUAUUGCACUAAUUGAACAAAUAAUAACAAUAAGGAAUUCCACAUUAUGCCGAAUGAAAUUAUAAAUGCGGUAUUUUGGGUAUUUGUUCAUUACGAUUAAAUAUAUUUCAUUAUACAUCAUAUUAUACAUAUUAGUAGCUCAGUACUGUAAUUGCACAAUGCAACAUUUUAACUUAUUAAACAGUAAACUUUUAAUAUAAGUUGUAUUGUGUUUUCUUUUUAAUUUUAGUAUAAAUGUAAGUUAAUAUUUAAUCUUUAUGUAAAAAUAUACUUGAGAAUGACUUUACCGAUUUCAUUCACCUUUUUUAAGUUUUCUAAUAAGUACCCAUUCUGUAUAAUUUUUUUACGAAAAAAAAGAAAAAUAUAAGUUGUGCAAAAAUAAAGUGAACGGGGACGAAGUCGCGGGCGG